CGCUCUUAACACAAUCGCGUGCCGCAAUGGCUUUUCUACAAUUUUUGGCCUUCUUUGCAGUCACCUUCGUGGCGGUUACAGCCAAUCCCACUGGUCGUGUAGUGGGUGGCUAUGACGCGGUUUCAGCACAAUUCCCACAUCAAAUCUCUUUACGUUUUCAACAUCGGCACACUUGCGGCGGUUCAAUCAUCGCUUCCAAUUACAUAUUGACGGCGGCGCAUUGUGUAGUCGAAACAGGCACAACACCUUAUGAUGCUGAAUAUUUCACCGUACGUGCUGGUACCCACAAUCGUAUUGCCGGCGGUGUCAUCGUGCAAGUGAAGCGCGUUGUAGUCCAUCAGGGUUAUGUCCUCGAAAAUGAUUUGGCCUUGUUGGAGUUGGAGGAGCAUUUGACAUUCUCAUCGAAAAUCCAAGCGAUUCCGUUGGCCAGCGCUGAAGUGCCCUCUGGCGCCGAAGUUAUCAUUUCCGGUUGGGGUCUUACCGAGAAUAAUGGUGAUUCUUUGCCCAUUCUAAUGCAAUGGAAUACCGUUACGGCACUUAGCAAGAGUCAAUGUUUCCGUAAAAUUUUGUUGUCUUCGGAUGCUUUGUUAUGCUUGGAUCAUCCCUCCGGCGCAGGUGCUUGCAAUGGUGACUCUGGCGGUCCGGCCACAUACAAUGGUGAAUUGGUGGGAGUUGCUGGUUUCGUCGUAAUCGGUUGUGGUACCACGCGUCCCGAUGGUUAUGCUAAAGUAUUCUAUAACCUCGAAUGGAUUCAUGAAAAUAUGAUAUAAAAAGGCUUGCAUUGUUGUAAAGUAAAGAUGAAAAAUAAAAAAGAACUAUUAUUGACAGCAGAA